AUGGUUGGGGAAGAUAAGCUGAAGAAGAGGAGAAUCGUCAUCAUUGGCAUCUCUACCAUCUUUCUAGUGGCUAUGGUCAUUGCCCUCACGGUUGGCGUCAACCUCAAGCAACUUACUUCCAACGAUGAUGAACAAAACGAUAAGGCCCAUGUUGCUGCCACUCUAAAAGCAGUGAAAACCAUUUGCCACCCCACAGAUUACAAGAAAGAAUGUGAAGAAAGCCUCAAAGCAGAGGCUGGUAACACCACGGACCCAAGAGAACUCAUCAAAAUCGCCUUCAACAUAACCAUCAAGAAAAUCGGUGAUGAACUUAAGAAAACAAAUCUCAUGGAAGAGGCUGAGAAGGACCACAGAACCAAAAUGGCACUUGACACAUGCAAACAACUCAUGGAUCUUUCCAUUGGGGAGUUCGAGAGGUCGCUUGAGAAAAUGGGCACCUUUAAUCUCAACAAUCUCGAUAAUAUCCUCUCGAGUUUGAAGGUUUGGCUCAGUGGUGCUAUCACAUACCAAGAUACCUGCUUGGAUGGUUUCGAGAACACCACGAACGAAGCGGGUUUGAAGAUGAAGAACGCAUUGACAACUACCAUGCACAUGAGUAGCAAUGCCCUUGCCAUCAUCUCUGAAUUGGCUAAAACUUUCUCUGAUUCGGGUUUGACAACAGAUGGGCGUAGCCUCAUUCAGAAUGAUCAACGCGAUGACGUUAAGAUUCCCUCUUGGGGUGAUGAUGAUGAUGGUGUUGGUGUUCGUAGACUCCUUCAUUCAAGUCCACAAAAACUUAAGGCUAAUGUGGUUGUAGCCAAAAAUGGUAGUGGAAAGUUCAAGAAAAUCAAUGAGGCUUUGAAACGGGUGCCCAAGAACAACAAAAAGCCAUUCUUGAUCUACAUCAAAGAGGGCGUUUACCAUGAGUAUAUUGAAGUUACCAAGCAAAUGACCCAUGUUGUGCUUAUCGGUGAUGGUGGCAACAAAACUCGGAUCACUGGUAACAAAAACUUCAUAGAUGGGGUUAACACUUACAGAACCCCCACUGUUGCUGUUCAAGGAGAUUACUUUGUGGCCAUCAACAUAGGAUUUGAGAACUCAGCUGGCCCCCACAAACAUCAAGCAGUAGCCAUAAGGGUCCAAGCAGACAAGGCCAUCUUCUAUAAAUGCACAAUGGAUGGGUAUCAGGACACACUAUAUGCCCAUGCCAUGCGACAGUUCUAUCGAGAUUGCACCAUUUCAGGUACCAUCGACUUUGUCUUUGGUGAUGCAGUGGCUGUUUUCCAAAACUGUACGUUCGUGGUGAGAAAACCAUUGGAAAAUCAACAAUGCAUUGUGACCGCACAAGGUAGAAAGGAGAGGCAUCAACCAUCAGGAAUAGUAAUUCGAGGAAGCUCCAUUGUGUCCGAUCAUAAGGUUAAGUUUGACAGCAAGGCUUACCUGGCUCGUCCAUGGAAGAAUUACUCAAGGACCAUCUUCAUGGACACCUACAUUGGGGGUUUGAUUCAACCCGAUGGGUAUAUGCCAUGGCAAGGACCAAAUGGUCUUUCUGGUAUGAACACUUGUUUCUAUGCUGAGUUUAAUAACACCGGUCCUGGUUCAAACAAAUCAAAGCGUGUAAAGUGGCCCGGGAUCAAGACCCUCACAUCACAAUCUGCAAGCCAUUUCUCACCGCUCAAGUUCUUUCAUGGCGAUGAUUGGAUUAAAGUUACUAGGAUUCCUUACUCCUCUGGUAUCCCCAAACCCAAGAACCCUAAAUAA